AUGCGAAUUAUCCGCACUUCCACUUCAACCCCGGCCGAUGGAUCCAAGUUCACGUUUUCUGCGUCCGUCAAAGAGGCCAAUGUCAGAAAGGUGUCCCUCUCGGAGGAAGAAGCGGACCCCUGUGAUGGCAAGAUUGGUGAUCCAGGGUACCGCGUGGAAUGGAUCUCCUGCACACCCCCCGAAGCCGCAAUUGGGCUGGACCUCCCAAGAUCAGCCCGCUCGAGACUUCUUUCGGAAUCUCAGAUCUCUGCUAUGGAGAGCUUCAUGGGGCUACAAAAGAGUGACAUACUGGUGCAGGUUGUAACUAGGAUCCGAGUAAUCUCAUCCGAGCAAUGCUGGGCGUCGAUGACUGCAAUGCCAACCCCCACACUGGCACCCUACCCAUUUUACAGUUGCGCAUAUGUCAAGCAAGCAGGAUUGUUCGAACCGAUGUUACGGAUCCCGGGAGUGAAGGAUGUCACCAUUCAACACCACCACCGGCAUCGGGAGUACGGCUGGCAAAGCAUGGAGCAUGGAGGGUUCAGUCCGGAGCCGAAAUUCUUUCACCAGAUGCCAAGUCCCUUCGCCUUCUUCAUUAAUGAGAGAGAGUACGAGGCCAUCAGGAUGAUUGGGAUUCUUCGUGAGGCCGAGGCAACCAAGGAUACGGCAACUCGGGAGUGGAACGGACAGUACACUUUCAACAUCUUCGAAGCGUUUAAGGUGCAUGGAGCUGAACGAACCGAUCUGCAUGGCUUUUUUUAUGGUGUUAUCGAGGCCAAAUUGAAGCUCACAGGCCAAGGAGCUCUCCAGGAAGUCUACGAACGGCAAUUCCCUCUUCCCGAGCCAGGAACAGCUGUCACAGUUGACGAAUGCACCGCAGAAGAAGGAAAGGGCACACACGCUUGGGAAGGCGUGGUGGUAUCAGCCAGAGGAAUUUCUAGUGUCGUGGAAGAAACUAAACCCUUCAACGCAAUUUUCUUCCGCAUCAAACGACCGGCAUCGAAGGACCCAGCGGCAGAUAGUGAGAAGUUGACCGGUUUUGUGAGCUUUGGUCGCCCAAGUUCAGGGGUGAGCCAGGCACGUCAAGCCAUCCGCUAUGCGAUGUGGGGAGAAGAGACGUUCGGCAUUUCAAGCGACAAUAAGAUGAAGCAACUUCUCCUUGCCAAGCAAAACAGGACUCUCCAAUUCCAUAAUCGGCAUGACACGGCCCUGGCAGUUCGGUCAGUGUUCGCCAGCAGCAGUAGCUGGAGGGACUUUGAUUGCUUGAUCACUGCCCCCCCGGGCACUGGAAAGACCUACGUCUCCUUGGCCAUCGCGGCUCAUUGCGUAGAGAGGGGAUGGCCUCUCUUUAUUGUUUGUGCAUCAAACCAGGGACUCGAUAUUAUUGCCAACCGCAUCGGCCAGUAUCUGCAAGCUGAAAACAUCUCGAAGGAGGGUGUUUAUCGUCUGUCUACCCAGACACUGGAGUCAUACGGAAUGGGCAUGCCUUCUUUCUCGUCUAACGAGGACGAGGAACAAGAGGAAGACCCAGAACGACAGCAACGGUCUCCCCUCAGAUAUCUCGAGAUCAAGAAGGAACUCCGCCGGCGCAAAGUGAGUUCAGAGCUUAGACACAUGGUUAUCUCGUCACUAGAGUCUAUGGUAGAGCCGAAGCACAAUCUUUCGCUCGUGUCAAGAAUUACCGAAGAUCUACAGAAACUGAUGUCCGGUGAUGAGGACAGUCUACCUUUGGGCGACGUGCGAGAAUGCCUUUGGGAUUUUUUGACUUGUCAAGAGUUGCUGCGACAGCGCUCAAAAGACACAGCAGAACAGGGACAAGCCCGCCAAAUGCGAAGACCUCUUCAAAACAUGACAACAUUCGGUGCAACUGUGCAGGAGCUCACUGUUCAACAAAAGGCGCUUUGGUCAGACCUACAAGAGGGAUAUUUGGCGAAGGCGAGAGUCGUCAUUUGCACCGCCUCGACUGCAGGUCGACAGGUUGUUAGAGCCUUUCAGCCUCAUUAUCUAGUUAUCGAGGAAGCUUCUCAGAUGGUCGAAUGGCAGACCGUCAACGCUGUCAUCAGAAAUAUCCACAUGUUGAGAAAAGUCGUGUUGAGUGGCGAUAUGGCCCAAUUACCUCCCACCGUUAUCUCCACAGGCUCGAACGAAUGUGACAACUUCGAAGUGGUGUCCUUCUUUGAGCGUAUGAUACGUACCGGGCAUCCUCAUAACAGCUAG